AUGUUGCUUGAGAAAAUCCUUGGCUGUCAUGUGUUUGGAGCUUUACGAUAUCAAUUUACAUUUACAUCAUGUUAUAUUAAGGAGAGAAGGGUCAGAGGUCAUGAAAAGAUUACAAAAUUAUUAAUUACAAAACAAUACCAAAAAUACAAAGUCACAGAUAAAACAUUUGUCAUUCAACAAUUAGCACUAAAAGCUUUUGGACAUCAAAUAAGCGGCACUGACCAGCAAGUUAUGUGA